UACUUAAAUUAUUUUACUGCUAAGGUGGUAAUUAAUAAUUGUUAGAAAAUAGCUUACACGUUUUUAUGUUUACAAGUAGCAAAAGGCUCUUUAGCAUUGUAUGUAUAUUGGUUAUUACAUUAAUUGAUGUUAAUAUUAAAAGUGGAUUUGCUAGAUUUUUUAUCAAACAAUGAAUGAUGGGUCAGGUCCAUAGAAAGGAAUUAAGUGAGUGAAUAUGUCAGAAACACAACAGAAUUAUUUCCCUCAAUUUUUAUUCAACACUGUGCUGAAAUUUGGGGUUUAAGCUCCGAAAGGCCAGGUACAACCUAGGCCAUGCAAUAAAAAUGGAAUCUGUUGAUAUGGACGCUGGCAGAUACGAACUGAGGGAGAGCUUACCGGGAAGCAGUGUUGACAGUGAUGCAUCUAGUAGUCUUUUAGGCAGCAACGAUGUUAGCGAACAUAGUGAUAAGACAUCCGACGAUGAAGAGGAUUUACGAGAAGAUCUACAAAAAACCAUACCCGAAUGUUAUAAAUCAGACUCGAAUUUCGCAUUACAUAGUACAAAAAACAUCACAAAUGAUGAAGAAUUUCAAGCAACAGCUCUUUGCCAAUUUAUGGAUAUCUUGAAUGACUUAGAUGAAGUUUUAGACAAAUCGUUAUUAGCUUGCCUUGAUGAUACUCAAAAUUUUGACAGCGAUGAAGAAGACAUUAUAUGUAAAUUAAAAGAUUGUAUAGCUGACCAUGAACAACAAUUGGAUGAUUCUCCAAGUGAAAGUUCUAUGGAUAAUACACAAGUUGUUAUAAGACAAUCCACACAAAGUCUCGAACCAGCUUCAGAAGACAUUGAAUUAGUACAAAAUCUGUUUGAACAACCACAAUGUACAAGUCUUAGACGUUCUAAAAGUUAUUCAGAAUUACCUCAAAACCACAGAGAUACUCAGCAAUUAGAAAGAGCAAAUACUAUGAACGAUAACUUAAGAAAUUCGAUGCGUAGAUUAGAUCCAAUAGUAUUGCCAGCUUUGAACACUGAAUCCGUCUGUGAACCAUUAACAUUGCCUGUUAUAUUGUUUCUUGAGCAUCAUGUUAAUAUGAGACCAACCAGUGCACCACUACAAUUACAAGUUACAGCUGCAAAUCUGAGUACAAGCAGUGGAUCAUCAGGUCCUAUAAUAGUUGGUCGACGAGCGUUACUUAUGAACCGUGCAUUAUCUUUACCAUCUCCGGGUGACAGUGAUAUAACUAGUGCAGGCUGGAAUGGACCUAAUGGUCUAAGUAUAGCGAGAAGUACAAGCAGCACAUCAAGUUCUUCCGGUGAAUCUUUAGCAGGAAUUGCUGCUAUGAAUCAAAAUGGUGCUGGAACAUCUGAUGAGAGAAACGAAGAGACUGAUGAACCGCCUUUUGGCGUUUGGCCACAUCGAAUGAGCUCAAUGCUGGCGUGCCUUAGUUGUACCAUUGGAAUAUUCAAUAUUUCUAGAUUUUCCGUAUUCAGUGUGCAUUACGGAGCAUGUUUCAUACUACAAUUUUUCAUACUAUCUCUUUUCACUGGGAUACCAUUAUUUACAUUACACUUAUGCUUGGGCCAUGUACUGCAAUCUGGACCUAUAGAUAUGUGGCGUAUAUCACCGAUAUUCAAAGGUGUCGGUGUUUCAUUGCUGCUUACACAAGCGGUUAUCGGAAUGUACAGCAUAAUAAGCCUGUCAUGGAUAUUCGUCUAUUUCCGAGACUCGUUUAUAACUUCUGAUGAUAAGUACAAAUGGGCGUUACCGCUAGGAUUCAGUUUUGAUGAUGUAAGUCUUAAGAAUAGCACGUUUAAAAUCCAAGAGACUAUACCUCAGUACUUUCACGGUGAGGUGUUACAAAGAGGGACGGGGUCUAACAAUCACUUCGGCACCAUAAAGUAUCAAGUUGCGUUAUACCUUGCAGUGGUUUGGAUGAUUGUUUUCGUGGCGCUCAGCAAAGGAUUACGCUCAUACGGAAAGGCUGUAUAUGUAUUGAUGUUUUUGCCGAUAUGCGGCACGUUAGUAUUGUGCACGAAGCUGUUGACCCUGAUCCCAUACGACACCGUCACAAAUAUCUUCUCGGAAACCGAAUGGAGUGAAUUCUUCCUCAAUAGUAAUAGUUGGGCGGCGGCGGCUCAAGAGACGUUUCUGACAUGGGGUCUGCUGGGUGCGUGUGUGAUGCAGCUGACGUCACACAGGUCUCGGGGGCGAGGUCACAGUACUGCGCUACGUCAGAGCGGCUGCGUCAUCGCCUGCACCUUCUCUGUGCUGCUGCUGGCCGCUUGUCUCGCUAAUACAUGUGUGCGGAUACUAAAGAAUAAUGGAUACGUGUUCCUACCUAGCAGUUUUGAGACAGUAAAAUCAUCAGAAUUCCUGUGGGCUACAUCGGAGCCGUUGCCGGGCAGCGUGUCUACUCCGGUGAGGUACAUGGGGCAGUAUGGCAGUCUGGUGGGUGUGUCAGUGUGGCGGAGUGGUAACACCGCCAAGUUGUACAGCGGCUGGCAACCAUUGCAACUAGCUACACAGAUAGUACCUGCUACACUAGCCGUGGUACCCCCUACUGUUUUGUCUCCGGCGUGGGCGGUGAUAUUCUUCUUCAUCCUGCUGAUGUUCGGAGUGGCGCAGCAGUUGGCGAUAUGGCACUGUGUCAUCACCGGUGUCAUGGCGAUCAACAAAGACGCAUUACGCGUCUGGGAGACGACCAUCACUUUCUUCAGCUGUGUCUUUGGCUUCGCUAUGGGAUUGCUGCUUUCUACUGAUGCGGGCAUACGAGUGGUUCACUUGAUGGACUACGUGUGGGUGGGGUCGUGGUGGCAGUGCGCGGUGCAGGUGGCGCUGUCUGCGGGCGUGUUCGCAGUACGCGGCCGCCCGUACUCGGCUGACGCGGUGGCGGCGGCGCUGUACCGCCCCGCCACACCCCUCGCCGCGCCCCUCGCCGCCUUGCUCGCCUUCACCUGGAGCGUGCUGCUGCCGGUGCUGCUAUGUGCGAUCUGCAUUAUGGAUUUUCGGAUUGGACAACAACGUCAGUUAUAUUCUUGGAGAAAACCUAUUGGUUACUUUCCUAUAUGGGCUCGUCAAGUGGCAGUGAUGAUGCAGCAAGGUGCCUUACUGACCGUGCCUAUAGUCGCCUUCAUACAAACAUGGAGAUAUAUGAACAAAGGUCCCCCCGAUAUACUUGAGCGCAUACAGAAUCUGUACCGACCGCGCAUGGGCGGGGCGAGUGAGUCCCCGCCCCCAACUGCUGCGGCCCCGCCCCCUCGCGCACCCCCCGACCCCCCGCCCAAGUACACACCCCCACCCUCAUACUCCACCGCCACCGGAGCCCGCCUCAUCAACACCCUCAGGAGAAGCUUCCGCACUUUGCGAAGAAUAACAUCAGGCCGUACAGAUGCAGCAACUGAUGACGCGGCACAGAUACCCAUCACUGUGAGCGAGAGCGUAGACCGGCGACCCCCCACCCCCCAAACUACAUACCCACCCCCCACCCCUUCCAUCACAGUGACCGAUGAGACCGACCGCAGGACAUCCAGGAACUCCUUAACCCUCACACGAGACUACCUGAGACGGUCUUUUGUCAGAAAAACAGAUUCCACAAAAUCGAUUCGUUCGAGUUUACGACGAAGUUUUAAAUAUGGCGUAAGUUUGACGACGAGUCACGAGCAAUUGGUAGGAGACGCGGAGCCUAUUUCUAAUACGGUUGCUAUGUCCGCCAUGUUGGGGGAGGGCUCCCCUCCACACACACGUAGUCUAGGGUCCGUUAUAUGAAUUAUUUUUAAGCAAUAAAAAAUGUACUUAUUUAGUACUUAGGAUUUUUUAUGAAUUCCAUGUAUGGCAAGCUUUAUCUAAAUG